CUGCGGAAUGAUGUUGAGGGAGCUCGUGGCGGCUCGCGAGCCCUCCCCACACGGCACGCGAACCUGCUGCAAACGCUCGGAGCUGCGCGCUGUAAAUGAUGUAAAAUAAGUUAAUGGUAUUUUUCGGGAAAACAGAUGAAUGGCCACUCGCACAGAUUGGAGCCGACAAACCGAGCACCGUGUGUGGAAACGUGAAAAGCCAAGCAUCGUCUGAAGUGGAGCACGUAGACAAUUAAGAGCUGUCUGUCUCACGCGGAACGAAACUCGACGACACUGGAUUUUCGUAAAAAGACACGCUCCCCUCUUCUCUUUUUAAAAAUAUUUAUAUUUUAUAAAUGUUAUAUAUUUUAAAGCCGUGUACAGUGGUUUUGUUGGCGUAAUAACCGUUGAACAUAGCGAGAUGGCGCUUAAAACCGAUGGGCUGGACCUUAUUGAGUAAGCUAGCAGCCAUCUGGAGUAAAAGCAGCUCGUUUGUUCCAAGUCAUCGCUCGACCGGAGGAGAGAUGGUGCAUUCAGGACUUAGUGGAAGGCAUUCACACAGCAUUUGACAGAAGAUACUGGCGUGUCCAUCCUACCUGCAAAAUCCCUGGUUUUGUGUAUUUUUGUGACUAUUAGAAAGUGGUCUCUGAAUGUGAAAGAUGAUCAGAAAGAAAGUGUGGACAGAAACAAGGCAACAUCAUCUAUGGAUACGUCCCUGUGUGUCAUCAGAGUAAAAAAGAGACCUUCAGUCACCUGCAGAACAGAGAAAAGAAGUCAGAGAGAUUGAAACGGAUGAGUGGCUGAUCACCCAAACUCAGAGAGACGGAGUUGACAGAGAAGUAGAGGUUCUGAGGUGGAGAAAGAGGUCUAGGAGGAGUGGUACAGGCCAUUCCUCAUGGCUACUGACCCAGGAGAACCCACAGGCACCCAGGACUCCUCAGGUAAAUCUGAUGGACAGAGGGAGGAGGAUGCAGAACAUGAAAGCAGUGCUGAUCUACAUAAGGAGAGGAUGCACAGCACCUCCUCAGCUCUUUCCUCUUUCCAGACUCAGGAAAGGACAGAAAUAGAGAGAAAGGAAGGAGGAAUCCAAAGAGGAGGAAGGGACACCAACCAAGAGGGCAACUCAGUCACAGUGUCAUCUUUCAACACUCCCACAUCACCAAUCGACACUGGCCAAAAACGGCUGAGGAAAGAGAAGCGUUUUUUCAGGAAGAGUGUGGAGAUUUGCGAGGAGGAUGAUGAGGUGGAUUUGCCCCUUGUGGUGCCCCACAGUGCACCCAACCUAGAGCAACGAUCCUUCGACUCAGCCUUUACCAGUGCUGCCCAGCAGCAAGGAGCUGCUUCAUCCUGUGCUGCCAUGGGUCAUGACCCAUCCCAUGCCAGCUCCACCCAGGAGCCUGGCAAGGACACCCCUACCUCUGUACCCACCCAGAGGGGUAAGGAAAGGGACCGUGAGCAAGAGGAAGAGGCAGAGAUGAAGGCUGUGGCCACUUCUCCUGGUGGCAGAUUCCUUAAAUUUGACAUUGAACUUGGCAGAGGAGCCUUCAAGACUGUCUAUAAAGGCCUGGACACGGAGACAUGGGUGGAGGUGGCCUGGUGUGAACUUCAGGAUCGUAAACUAACCAAAGCAGAACAGCAGCGCUUCAAAGAGGAGGCAGAGAUGCUUAAGGGCCUUCAGCACCCCAACAUUGUCCGCUUUUAUGAUUCCUGGGAGUCUGUGCUGCGUGGCAAGAAGUGCAUCGUACUGGUCACUGAACUCAUGACUUCAGGGACACUCAAAACUUACUUGAAGCGCUUCAAGGUGAUGAAACCCAAGGUCCUGAGGAGCUGGUGUCGGCAAAUCCUGAAGGGUCUUCACUUUCUUCAUACCAGGACUCCUCCGAUUGUACACCGAGACCUCAAAUGUGACAACAUCUUCAUAACAGGCCCCACAGGCUCUGUUAAGAUAGGAGACCUAGGAUUAGCCACUCUUAUGAGGACCUCCUUUGCCAAGAGUGUCAUAGGAACCCCAGAGUUCAUGGCUCCAGAGAUGUAUGAGGAGCAUUACGAUGAGUCUGUGGAUGUCUACGCUUUUGGGAUGUGCAUGCUGGAAAUGGCUACUUCAGAAUACCCCUACUCUGAGUGCCAAAAUGCUGCUCAGAUCUAUCGUAAAGUCACAAGUGGUAUCAAACCAGCCAGCUUUGACAAAGUGAAUGACCCAGAAAUCAAAGAGAUCAUUGAGGGCUGCAUUCGUCAGAACAAAAGCCAGCGACUCUCCAUUCGAGACCUUCUAAACCAUGCAUUCUUUGGGGAGGACACAGGGGUCCGGGUGGAGCUGGCAGAGGAAGACACAGGCACCCAGGAAUGUCUAGCUCUCAGGAUUUGGGUUGAAGAUCCCAAGAAGCUGAAAGGAAAACACAAAGACAAUGAGGCCAUCGAGUUUAGCUACGACCUGGAAAAUGACAGUGCUGAGGAAGUGGCUCUAGAGAUGGUGAAAUCAGGCUUUUUCCAUGAAAGUGAUGCUAAGGUGGUGGGCAAAUCUAUCCGGGACAGAGUAAAUCUCAUCAAAAAGUCCCGGGAACGGCGGCAGCAGCAGCUGCUGCUUCAGCAGCAGGUCACUGAAGAAAGAAGAGACUCUGCUCUGUCCUCCUAUACAGUUGCCCAGACAACUUGUCUUUCUUUGGGCAAUGGGGCAGUAAGACAAACAGGAGGAGGACAUGAGUCUGAGGGGCUCUGUGAGGUGGACCAGCAUGGAAUGCAACAGCACAUUCUCAGUGGGACAAGCCUCAGUCUGCCAGGAGGUGAGAGCAUUGGUUCUGCCAGCUGUGAGUUCUAUACAAGUGGACAGAGCCAGGCAUAUUCUCAGCAAGGGGAAUCGUACACCAACACACCACCUGCUCUUCCUCCAGCCACAUCUGGUACUAGUAUAUUGGCUCAGCCUCAAAGGCUCCCCAUUGCUGAGAGUGGAAGUGUUCUCCUUGCUCAAAAUGGUACUAUAUCCAGCAUGCCUAGAGGUCAAAGUGGAGGAGCCCCUGUUGGCCAGACGUUGCUUCAACCCAGUGCAAUGGCUCCACAGGUAUCCCCAAGUGUGCCUCAACAAUAUUUUCAGACAUACCCAUCUGAUGGAAUACAAUCUGCUCCUCCUCAUGUUUCAAAGUUCUCCUCGCAGUCAUACAUACCUCCUGUCUUUACACAUGCACCCAUUAAUGCUCUCACUACGUCAGUGCCAGUCAGUGAUCCUGCUACGCUAGCAGAUACUAAUGUUUCCCUAGCUCAGCAGACCCAUCCUCCUGCCACAGGCAUUAUUGCCCAGCCAGUAUCCUUACAAACUCCCUCUGCCAUGAUCCCCCAGCAAACUGUUGUCCAAGAACAACAUGCAGGGGUGGAUUUACAGACAUCCACCUAUCAGCAACAGCAAAUAGAGACCCAGUCUGCUGUGCUCAAACAGGAACAAGUUAGUGUCACUCAACCACCAGCCAAGCAGCCUCAACAAAGUCAGUCAGGUCCAGCUCAAAAUGACGCCUACACACAGCAACCACCUCCAUUAGUCCAGCCUACAUCUCAGCAACUGCCAUUAUUGACAAAGGUUAUGGAGCAACAAGCUGUAUUCUUACCACAGCCAGGGGAGCAACCUCAGACCCAUCCGCAGCAAUCAUCAGUGGCUCCAAGUGAGCAGCCUGUGAUACAAUCACUUCAUCAGAAACGCAAGCAACAACUUCAGCAACAGCAAACUCAGUUACAGCAACAGCCUUUAAUAUCCAGCCAACAUCAGAUAUAUGUGCAGCAACAGCUUGAUCAGCAGCAACAGAUAACACUGCUUCAACAGCAACAAGAAUAUUCCCAACUACAACAGCAGCAACUGGCGCAACAGAAAGCUCUAAUUCACAGACAUUUGUUAGAGCAACAACAGCAACAAGCUCUUCUGCUUCAGCAACAACAGGAACAGCAGCAGCUACAAGCUUAUGUACAACAACGGGCACUUCUGCAGCAUCAGUUAGAGCAGCAGCAACACCCUCCUUUACAACAACAAACUGGACAACAGCAGCUACAAGUUGCAUUGCAGCAGCAAACGCAGCAGAUUCAACAGCAACAACAGUUACAGCAAUCAUUACUUCAACAAGUAGAACAACAGCAAGCACUGUUGCAGCAGCAUUUCCAGCAGCAAGCUCAGCUACAGGAACAUGAUCAUGAACAGCAACAAGCCCAAAGUAAGCAACAGUUUGAGCAACAGCAGCAUGCCCUGUUACAGCAGCAGUUAGACCAACAGCAAGCAAUGUUACACCAACAGCAGACAGAGAAGCUCCCCCAACAGCCAUCGAUACAAAAGCAGAUUCAGGAGCAAGCGGCAUUGAUGCAGCAACAACAAGCCCAACUACAGCAACACUCUUCUGUAAUGGAUCCUCGUAUCCCACUUGGAACUCCAGCUACUUUGGAGGCAAUUCAGCAGCUAAAUCAAUUAGUCUCACCAGCACAAGUAGCCAUGGCUGUUCAGACUCCACAGAUCCAAGUUCAGACAUCUUCUGGGAUCUGUAAUCAAAUUGUUAAGCAGGAAGGACAAAAUGAGGCUGCUUACCAAAAUGAUGGUGAGGUUCCUAUCCAGUUUAUAGCCAAUUCCAGAAUUCAAGCAGUGCCUGAGACUCAAGCACCCACUCCACCAGAACUGAUCCAGAACCAGACUCAACCUAUACAGACCCAACAAAUUCCUUUUCGGCCCAAUCAUUCUGGCCCUGUUACUCCCACAAAGAGCCUUGUAAAUACUCAAGCAUUAGUCCAGACACAGCCAGUGCAUGUUGCAGUCAGUCAACCUCAGCCACCACAUGGCCUGGGCCUGACUGUUGACACUAAGAGAAUAACCCAACAAAGCCAUGCAACUCUCCAACCUCCAGCUGCAUCCUUUCCCAUUCAGAUCCAGCAUGAAAUUCCACUUCAGCAAGUGCCAGGACUGCUGCAGUCCCAGUUGCACGGCCAAACACAAGGGCCACCAUUUAGGAAUGUGCAGCCACAGGCUGCUUCUGAGCUUUUAAACACUCAGUAUAUCCCUCAACCUACUGUUCAACCGAUAUCAUCUGUGCAGCUGGAUACAGCUCAUACUACACAACAGUCAGCACUGCAAUUACAGCAGAUGCUUCGGUCUCCUGGCUCAGCUUCAAGUGUUGGUACUCAUACAGGUACUCCCAUUUCUGUAGUUGAUCAUGCAAAUUUUAGUUCUACUCUUCACAGUGUUAAGCUUGAUGGACAAGCUUGUGUUCCAGGCCAAACAGCAGAGCACCAAAUUAUUCAGUCCAAGCAGCAGACCAUAGGAAGCACAGGUGACUCUUCAGCAGUUCACCCUAUACCUCAGCAACAGCUACAGAAGGACCUUUCUUCAGCAUCUCCAACUCCAGUACAACAGUUGCCAUUACUAGUCCAGUUAACAGCGCAGCCCAAUGCUAACCACAUCCAGCAAGCACUUCCUCUAAAACAAGCUUUGAUAACUGUCGAUGACAUUAAGCUGCCCCCUCACUGUCAAGAUAGUUCACAUCUGUUGGCCUGUUUUCCUGCACAAAUUGUCCCUAGUAGUCUGGGUGAGCCACAGUCUCAACACAAGGCCCUGCCUCUCUAUAGUCAGGUAGCUGCUGGUACACCUACAUCUUUGCAAAGGCAGGCCAAGCAGUCACAGCCAGCUCACAUACACACACAAACCAGCAGUCUGACACAGGCCCACUACAUUCAGACACACACUGAAACACAUAUUACUGAAGAGCCUCUCCUGCCUCAUGCCGUCUUUCCCACAGAACAAAUGUCCCUAAGCCCCUCUCACACCUCAUGCCCCCCAACAACACUCCCACCUUUACCUUCCCUCUCCCAACAUCCUGCUGCUGUCCCUGCUCCAGAGCUGCCUACAUCACCACCAGCAGCCCAGAUAACCUUUCAACCACAGGCUGACUUCAUACCCACCUCACCUCCACCUGUCUCCAAUCUUGAGUCCCUUGAGUCUAAUGCUCCCUUACUACCCCAAGCCUUGCUGCAAGACUGUGACCUUUCUCUGCUGGGCAAUGCUCAGGAUGGCGUGUAUCUAUCAAGCACAAAAUGUAAUUCUUCUUCAGGAUCACAUUGCUACUUAUGUACUACCUACAGAGCUGUUCCAGCUAAUGGAGAAGAAACUAUGCAGCUUUUUACCAAUGGGAAAUUGGAAAAAUUAAAGACCCAAAGAAGAGCUUCUUGUCAGAAGCCUGAUAAAGGUUCACACCAGUUUCAACUGAGCAUGCUCCAGGUUUCCAUCAGUGGUGACAAUAUGGUGGAGUGCCAGUUAGAGACUCAUAGCAACAAGAUGGUUACUUUUAAAUUUGACACUGAAGGCGAUGCACCUGAGGACAUCGCAGAUUACAUGGUGGAAGAGGACUUUGUCCUUGAUAUGGAGAAGGACAAAUUUGUGGAGGAGCUGAGAGCCAUUGUUAAAAACGCUCAAGAAGUUCUUCAAACACAUUCACAGUCUGGCUCAACAGAUCAGUUGCAUGUGAGCACUUCCACUAUCUCUACAAUUGAUUCAUUGCCACAUUCAUCACCAGUUGGACGGUGGCGCUUUUUUAUCAAUCAGACCAUCCGCCACAGAGACUCUCUCUCCAGUCAAGGAGUGGCCACACCGCCACCAAGUGGAGAGGCAGGAAUACCCCAGUCCCCUAAAACAGAGAGAGAAAAUGAAGGAUCCAAGAAACAGGAGUCGCUGACUUACCCUUCCACCUCUGCUUGUGCGACGUCUCCUCCAGUCUCUGCUGUUCCAGUCCCUGAUUCCUUAAUCGCUUCUAUCACUGCUGCUUCUAGUCCUGACACUGAAACUGCACCAGCUUCUAUCGUUCAUGCCUCUAGUCUUGAACUGCCAGUCCAGACUUCAUUGUCUGUUGACCAAAUUCCUAGUGUGCCCUCAUCCAUGACAAUAACUCCUGCUGCCAACACCUCCAUCUUGCCCAUUGCUCCUGUUGUGCCAUCUUCUCUUCACACCACUGCUGGGCCUGGUGUCCUCCCUCCCCAUUUGACCAGUGAAAGCUCGAGUUUAGGUCUUACCACAGUAGAUUCAGUGCAAUGUCUGUCUGCAGAGGUCCCCUCCUGCACAUCGUUUCAUUAUCCUCCUCUGACUGCUGCAGUAAUGUCUCCAUCAGCUAGCCAACCGGGCGUUGAGCAAGAGCAGAGACUUACAGAGAUGGCCAUACCUGCUUCACCACCACAACAUUUUCAACCAGUAUUACAACCGCAGGCAUUAGUGUCCCAAGAGCAACUGCAGAUGAUGCAGCUUGAACAACAGGCACGACAGCAUGGACCUCCACCACAACAGCACCAGUCACAACAGCAGCUGCAACAACAAAAUCAAAUCCAGCUACAGCAGGACCAAGAAUUCAAACCAUCUCUUCAACCAUUGCAACAGCAGUUAUUGCAGAAGCAAAUGCCAUUGCAACAACAGAUGGCUGAGGUGCAGACACUGUCUCAGCUAAGUCACACACAGUUUGUUCCAGUGGCAGAAAUGUCAACACCCCUAAAUCAACCCCCACAAACCUCUUUUCAACAGCAAACUCCACAGUAUAGCCCAGGGGUGCUGCAACAGCCUCAGUCACAGCAGUUACCACAGCAAGCUAUGACAGCCCAAUCAGCUGUAGUGCUUCAGCAGCAGGUGCUUGUUGAGCAGCAACAGAAAUUGGAUUUACAACAGAAUAUAAACUCACAGCAGCAGCAAAUAGAGUUACGGCCACAUCAAAACCACAUGCCAGUUAGUCAGCAGUUGCUUCAACAACAGGCACAAUUAAAUGUUAACCUUGUGACAGAAGAGCCAAAUCAACACCAAUCUCAACUCCCCACCAAGCAACUACAACAAUGUGCACCAUCACAGGAAUUGCUUCAACCAGUUGAGCAGCAGGAGGUGAUAAAAACAAUGGAUACACCACGAAAACAGAGGCACUUGCCUCUGCAGACACAUUCCUCUUUGCAGCAGUCUGAGUCAGAGGUGUCCACAGGAGAGACCAGUGUUACAGAGGACACAAGCAGUUAUUCUGCUCCUGUGCAUCCUUCAUCUGACUCUUCUCUGCUUCCUCUUCAUCUGGGUACCAGUGAAAACCCCUUACCCCCUCUCUCCCUCACAAUGACACCAUCUCCUGUUCAGCCUUCUUCAGUGGCAGAGUCAGACAGUGAAGGUCCCCCAAAAAUUGAAUAUGCAGAUAACCGUAUAAAGACACUGGAUGAAAAGCUGAGGAACUUGUUGUAUCAGGAGUACAGCAGUGGAGUAGUGCUGGUUGGUGGGCCUCCCUCUGCUCCAAUCUCAGCAUCUGUUGCAUCAGCAGGAGGGGAUGAGUCAUCUGAACCACAGUCCCUUGAACCUUCAUCUUUCCCUCCAGCUGCCUUUUCCUCAGGUACUUCUCCCCACUCCUCUACAUCCACCACCUCCUCCACCACACCCCGUUCCUCUUCUGCCUCUCCUGACCCAGACAGAGAGGAGACUUCUUCACAGGUGGAGAACUCUGCAGAGCUAGUCUUAGCCCCGCACCAUCCACCACCAACUCUCCCCUCCAACUCUUCUAUGUCCACCCCACCUGUUGGUCUUCUGCCUUCCAGUCAGGAAGAUGUUGCUGGUCCUCAGCACUCUUCUAUACCAAAAGAACCAACCAUUAUUGCUGUAUCUCCACAGGCUGACAGUAGUACCCCUGGACAAACAUCGUGGCCCUCCAGUCAGUGCCUGGUCCCACAGCAGCAUGGACAGCAGCAACACAAUGCAGGAGGUGGAUAUUUUGGCCUAAACCUGACAUGUCCUAGUAUCAGAAAUCCUGUUAGCAAGAAAUCAUGGACUCGCAAAUUCAAAAACUGGGCGUGCAAACUGCGCCACUCCACCAGCUUCUUCAAGAAGCCCAGAGUGCAGCAAGAAGGUUCUUCCUGCAGUCAAGCUGUGACAGAUGAGAAGGACGCAUCUCCGUUACAGCCACCUCAGAUACGCAAAGGACGAUUUCAGGUGAUACCUGUGCCCCAAUCCUCUCCUCCAAAGGAGAUACCAUCAGUACAUUGUAGCACUCACAGGAAAGUGGGGCGCUUCUCUAUAACCCAGGCUGAGAGCACAAAAGAGGACAGACUGACUGACAGCUCUCCAGUGUCUCCUGAUUUGAAGAGAGAGAGGAGGAGAUCUCGGGCAAAAGAUGGGGAGAAAGAAGAAAGUAAGAGAACCCCAGCAUUGGCCCACCUGCCCCGUGUACAGGGGCAUGGCCACUCGCUGCUGGGGAGCAGUGAUGAUGAUGAGAGUGAGCUGGAGGAUGAAGAGCUGAGGAAAGAACUGAACAAGCUCAGAGAAAAGCACAUCAAAGAGGUGGUGUCCCUUCAGGCCCAGCAAAACAGAGAGCUACAGGAACUGUACCAGCAACUUCGUUCCCUCAACGACCAAAGGCAGAGUUUACCUGUCCCCCUCUCCCAGACCCCUCCUUUUCCCACAGCUCCUUCUGCCCUCUCUCCUCGCAGGCCCAGGCAGGGCAAACUCAAGCUUCGGCCCCGCCCUCACUCUCAUAUGGAUAACAAUGGAGUGACACACUCUGGCAUUCAACAGUCAAGUGGUUUCUCAAGUGGUGAACAGAGUGCACCUCCUUUGCACUCCAACGCAGAUCAAUGCACUUCACAACCAAUUAAAAGAGAUCACAGUCCUCUAAAAAAAAGCACAUUUACAGAUGAACUGCACAAACUUGUUGAUAAUUGGACAAAGGACACAGCGAGCCCUGCCCCACCCAAACCUUCACUGAAUCAGAUCAAGCAGAUUCAGCAGGUUCAGGAGUUGGGAAGCUGGAGCCAGUCAGCUGAGGUGGUUCCGCCUGAUUGGUUUCCAGCAGCACCACAGAAUCUCCAAGCAUCCCUGACUCUUGUCAACUUACCUGUGGCAGCCCUUCCCCAUUAUGCUGGCAGGGGGAACCUGUCCACGGUGCAGUCUGCAGGGCCCCUAACACAGAUGCAACAAAGUUUACAAACGCUGCCACUCCAGCAGGUGAGCUAUCAGCAGUCCCCUGUCCCCCAGCAACCACCCCAGCCUAGGAUGCAAACUCCAGUGCUUCUUGAGUCACAACCACAGACACAACCCAUCACUCAGAUAGGCCACUUGGCACCUCAGAACCAACCGCUAUUCCCCUCCCAGACGCCCACAUUGCCACGUCCUACGGCCUCAUCUCCACGUUCUGUGGCCUCGUCUCUGCUGCCUGGCAGUGGUACCACUGCACCCAUAGACAGCAGCGCUGUUAGUGGGGGGACAUUUUCUUCAUGCACCUCAUCCUCCACCUCUUGCUCUACCGCUGCUGUACCUUCCAGUGCCAAAAUUCACCCAACACCUCCAACCUCUACACUUCCUCUGGGACAGAAAUGACACUGAGGACAAGUGUGGGGUCAUUGUGAAGCUACAAGAGUUGGAAGUUGUACGAGGAACAAGAUGCAAAGCAAAUGCACACACAAUGUCAGUUGUGUGUGUGUGUGUGUGUGUGUGUGUGUGUGUGUGUGUGUGUGUGUGUGUGUGUGUGUGUGUGUGUGUGUGUGUGUGUGUGUGUGUGUGUGUGUGUGUGUGUGUAGGAGUCAUGACUGCGGUGACCCUGUGCACAGCGUGUCCUUGUGGAAAGGAUGCAGAGUGAAUGUGCGCGUGAAUAGAAGCUAACAUGUAAAGACUGAGGGUAAUGUGCAGCACUGUAGCUGCUGUCAGCAGGUACAAAUUCUUUCAUGUAUGAGUUUGUGGGUGUAAGUGGGUGCUGGUGGGUUUUUGGAUAAUCCUAGGACAUAUCCCACAUGUCCUAUUUACACAAAUUCAACCUUCUUGUUUGUUUCAAGUCUUGUGGGAUGUCAAUUCUCACUAAGCAGAAAAAGCGGCAAACAAGAAUAUUUGGAUUACCAGUUUAAAAAGUGCAAUUAGUAACGGACAUCGAAAUUGAUCAGCAUGUCACAUAUUGCUUUGUAUGAAAGGCAUAAAGAUAUUUUUGUAGUAAGGCACCAAGUUAAACCAAGCUGAUAGAUGAUCUUCUCACACUCCUUACAUUAUAGCUAACUACAAACCUACAGCACAAGACUUUCAGUGAUGAAUGCACAAAAAACAACAGCAUGUUGCAGAAUAGAAUACAUCUCAGUCACCCAGUGAUGUAAAUUUACUAAUUGGAUGGUAAAUAUGGCACACAUAAAGAGUUGAUUCAUGAGUUAACUCAUGAGUGCAUUUAUUGUAUUUUUAUGACUCUUAUUUGAUAUUUACAACCUAAUGUGUCAGGAGUAAAUUGGCUUUCACAUUUAGAGAUUUUUUCUUUGAGUUUCAGCACCAUACAUUAAAUUAUUAUGCUGAUGAGGAAUAUUUUAAAAAUUGCCAAGUUGUUACAGACUGGGGAAGACUAUUUAUUCCCAUAUUGCCUUUAAAUGUUCUUAUGAGCAUGUUAGUGUUUCUGGUUUUUGUGUGAUAAAGCAUUGUGGAUCAUAAACUGCAUCCCUGUUACUUUUAAUCAACGUUGCCUCUCAAUAAAUGUUACAGUUCCCAACAAAAAUGUUUACUCUGCCGGUGUUCUAGCUGUGUUUAUUAAAUCAGCAAAACAAGGAAGAGUCCCACAGGGUUUGUGUGUUUAAUGCCCAUUGGUAUCAGGCAUCGCUGUAUGUUUCAGUUAGUAUUUGACUUUAGGUUGUUAUUAGGAAUGCAUUUGUCAUAUGUGGACCUGUGGGUAAUAAAUGUGCUUUAUUCACACUGCAGAUCAUUUAAAAUGUUCCCCUCCUGCACUUUACAAAGAACUGGCCGAUGAAUUUAUUGGGUUUCUACAGCGGUCCAUGCAGAAAACAUUUACAAAUACAAA